GAUUAACCAACUCUACAGUCCUGACAUCACCGAAUCAAACAUGCACUUUUCAGACUAGAUAAUGACCGCCCUGUCUUAUCGAACUAUUAUACAACGUCCCCAUUCGUGACCUUUAUGUCAAUGACCUUGAACUCAACCGUACAUGUUUAGCGUGCCCGAAAUAUGUGUUUACGUCACUAGAAGUCGUAUUCCAUACCAGUCCUUUACAAAGAUGUAUGCUGUGAUAAUACUUUUACUAUGUGGUUUGGGCGUGGUAUACCCUGCUUGUGAGCCUGGAUGGACCGAGUUUAAAGAAGACUGUCUGUGGUUUAGUAAUAUUCAAAAGAUCUGGAUUGAUGCGGAAUUUGACUGUCGUAGGCGGAACGCGUGGUUGAUGUCUGAUGACAAUGAAGCUAAACACGAUUUCCUGUCCGGUAUUUUAUACGCCCUCAAAAGCUUUCAUUUCAAUCACUACUUCAUCGGCGGCAGUGACAUAGCUUUUGAAAACGAAUGGCGAUGGCUAGAAACCGGCGUUCAUGUUGGUCCAUUCACAAGAUGGGGUACAGGGGAACCAGACGGUAACAACUCCAGGAACUGUUUGUCCCUUAAAUUUGAGAAUGAUCGGGAUCUCAUAUGGUCUGACGAGUCUUGUGGAUCCCAUUCGGAACACACGCACGGAAACAGAUCAAAUGUACAUGGCGCGGAAUACUAUAUAUGUGAAAAACCGCUCAGCACUACAGGACCGAAUGUUAUAGGCCGUCGAUAGCUGUGAAAUCAAUACGUCAUUUUAGAUGUAAUGCAUCAAUACUGAAUAAAUGACUAAAACGGGUUCACGUGA